UGACGGUAAGACGCUACUGUUAAGUGAUCAUUUAUAAAAAAUAUAUACAUACUUAGUCAAUCAAUCAAUCAAUCGAUAAAUCAAUAUUUCUCAUUCAAUUGACCUUGAUUUUCAUGGAUCCUACUAUUCCAACAUCUAAUUAUUAUGGUUUCAAUCCAACCAUUUCCAUUCCUAACACAUUAAACACACAUGUGAUCAAUGCCUGCCAAUCUAAACCGAUUCAAUGUUCAAGUCAAGAAAAUAUUCACACUAACGGUAUAUCCGAUGAUGAUGAUCAUGUUGCAUCUGCAGCUGCUGGCGGUGCUGUUAGCGGUUGCGGUGGUGCUGGUGGUGAAAGUGUAUUCGAUGAAGAAUUAUGGUCACCUCUAACUGUUCAUGGUUAUCUUAGUAAAUGGACAAAUUUAUUACAUGGAUGGCAAGAACGUUAUUUCAUUUUAUCUGAUGGCCUGCUAACUUAUUAUCGUAAUUCUGAUGAUUUGAAUUGUGGUUCUAGGGGUUCAAUUCGUAUUAAAAAUGCUUAUAUUAAAAUUCAUGAAUAUGAUGAAUGUCGUUUUGAGGUACGUGUUGGUGAUGUAAUCUGGUAUUUACGUGGAUUAAAUCAAAAUGAACGUUAUGCAUGGAUCACGGCAAUGGAACAACAUCGUCUUGUUGAAUCAGGUUAUGAAUCAGAGAAAACUCUACCUCCUCCCCAUCAUCAUCAUCAUGGUUCAUUGUUGUCAUUGAAUUCAACUUACAGUCCUAGUAUACAUUCAACAACAUCUAGUUUUAAACGUCAUCAUUAUGGACUUAAAGAGAAAUUAACUGAAAUGGAAACAUUUAAAGAGAUAUUAUGCAAACAAGUCGAUUCAUUACAAGCAUAUUUUGAUACUUGCCAUACUAUUGUACAACAUGGGGAACAUGAUAAUUUAGAAAAAUGGCUCAAUACUACUACUACUGAUACUACUAAUUCGAACAUUAUGAGUAGUACAAAUAAAACACAUUUAACCAGAUCAUCCUCCUCAUCAUCAUCAGCAUCGUCGGCUUGUUCUUCUUCUUCUCCGUCAUAUUAUAUCAAAGAUGAAACAAUCGAUUCUACUGUUGAUGAUGAUGAUGACGAUGAUGAAGAUGAAGAUGAUGAAGGCAUACAAAGUGAACGAAGACUACGUAAACGGAUCAACAAUAAUAGGAAUCAGAAUAAUAAUAAUAAUAAUAAUAACAACAAAUUAUUGAAUAUUGACAAAUUGACAAGUGAUCAAUGUUCAACGUUGCGCAAUUCAACAUUGGAAACAUUAUCCACUUAUUCCGCAAAUAAUAUCCAAACAACAUCUACUGUUCAUCAAUCAGAUCCUUCAACACAUUCACCAAAAUCAUCUUCUCAUCCAUCAACAUCCACAACGGGUACCAAUAAAGAUUCAAAUAAUACUAACCUACGAAUAGCAGGAGGAGGUGGCGGCGGUUUCUUUUCACGUCUAUUAUCCUUUCGUAAUUUUGGCAAUACACAAACUGCUCAAACAGUCACAGAGUCAGAUAAUAAAGAUGAAACAACCACCGUGACAACAACAGUCGCAACACCACCAUCGAUCAAUAAGUCAACUCUUAUCCAAUCUAUGGAUUCCAUGCAAGAAUCAUCCCGUCAACAACAUCAUUCGAAUUCACGUUACAAUGAUUUACGUCGAAUACUACAACAACAUGGUAGUCAUGCUAUUGAUUUCAAAGAUGAAGCUCACAUGUUUAAAGCAAUUACGACUGGAAUUCUAACAAAUUUAUCUCAAUCAAUUGAUUUAAUGCAACAACAUGAAGAGAAUUGGCGUAAACGUUUAGAACGUGAAAUUGACAAACGUCGUCGUUUAGAAGAAAUGCAAAAAGCCAUGACAUUUGAAUUAUUACAAUUACGUAAUCUAGUUGGUCUGUCAUCAGCGGCGAUCACACAAACCACAACCAGUACAACGGUUCAUUAUCAACCAACUCAUUCAAGAGUUUUCAGUUAUGGUAGUAGUUUGGAUUUUAAACAUUUUACCGCGGAUCAUUUGAAAGAGUCUUUAUUGAAAUGUAAUCAAAUUACAACAGCAACUACUACUAGUACUAAUAAUAAUAAUAAUGUUGGCAUCGGUGACAAUCGCGGUGAUAGCUUGAAUACUUUAAAUACUGUGAAUGAUAAUAUUGUUCGGCUAGUUGGUCCCGAUUAUGAAGAAGGUUUAAAUUCACCAAUGCAUGAAGAAGAAUUUUUUGAUACAAUCGACGCAGAAUUAGAUAAAAUGGAACAGAAUGAAGUACGUUUAGCUGCAUUGAAAACAGCCAGUGAAGCAAUACGUUCAGCUAGAGCUAUGCCUUCGAAUCAUCCAUUGUAUUAUGAAUUAAAUAAAAUAGUGAAAAUGCAUAUGAAAAAUUUCACGAAUACACAGAUCUUUGAUUAUUCAUCAAAACUUUGUUCCAACUCCAUGUCAUCCUCAACUGGUACACUAUCUUCUCAUAUUAUCAAUGGUCAUAGUCAUAUUCAUUCACAAGAAACUACUGGGAGCGAUGAAAUUCCAGAAAAUUGGAGAAUUGUUGUACAAGAUGGGGAUAUGAUUGUAUUUCGACGUGAACUUAUAUCAGAUGAUGGGGUUGUAUUGGAUCCGUUACAGGCUAUUCAUGUUGUUCAUGGUGUUACAGCUCGUGAAAUGUGUACUUAUUUUUGGGAUGUACGAUAUCGUAUGGAAUGGGAAUUCACAGUGGAUCAUCCGCCAGCUGUGCUAGAAGUUUGUGGAGAUGAUACUGUCGUUACACAUCAGAUUUAUAAACGUGUAUGGCCAACAACUCAAAGAGAUUCUUUAUUCUGGUCUCAUAUAUGUCCUGUGAAUCCUAUUCAAACAAAUUCCAGUCCUACAUCGAAUUCCCCAACAGAUUCUCAAAAUACUAACAAUGAUCACGUCAAUCCCACGUCAAUUGGGACAACGGCAUUCACAUCGAAUGGCUCAUUGCCAUCCCAAUCCAUUCCCAGUAAUCAUAUUUUAGACGGAUGGAUGGUUGUCAAUAUGUCAACCGAUUAUCUUUCAGAUAAAAUCCCACCCUCACCUUCACCAACUAUUCGUCUAGGCUUAGAAGUUGUAUUAUUUUGUCGUACAGAAAUUCUAUCCAAUGAUUCUUCUUCUUCAGAAGACUUCAAAAAACCCAAUUCUUCUCAUCAUGAUGAUGAUGACGACAAUGGUCAGCAUAAAUUAACACGUGAUCAAUUGUGUACACGUCUUGUCUAUAUGGCCAAUAUUAAUCCAGGCGGUUGGGUACCAGCAGCUGGUCUACGUACUCUAGCACAACGUGAAUAUCCACGAUUUUUAAAACGUUUCAGUGCUUAUGUGAAAGAGCAGACACAAAAUAAACAACCGUUAUUUUAAUAGAUGGGCGAGGUUAUAUCGAUUUUUUUUCCCAGCGGUUGGUUGAUCCGCUUUCUUUGUCAUCUUUGUGAUAUACACUUAUUCUUAUCAUAACUGUGAUUACUUUUUCUAUGCUUCAACG